AUGUCUAUAUCUGGUCAAAAAAUUCGAGUUCCCGAAAACAUAGACUUUCCUAAAGAAGAAGAGAAAAUAUUAAAGUACUGGAAAGACAUCGAAGCUUUUCAAACAUGCUUAAAGCAAUCCAAAAAUAAACCAAGGUAUUCAUUUUACGAUGGCCCACCUUUUGCAACCGGGCUACCUCAUUACGGACACAUUCUUGCGGGUACUAUAAAAGAUGUUGUCACAAGAUAUGCUCACCAAAAGGGUUAUCAUGUCGAAAGAAGGUUUGGUUGGGAUUGUCAUGGGCUACCUGUAGAAUUUGAAAUUGAUAAAACCUUGGGUAUUAAAGGACCUAGUGAUGUUGAAAAAAUGGGAAUAGACAAGUACAAUGCUGAAUGCCGCAAAAUUGUUAUGAAAUAUGCAAAUGAAUGGGAAAAUAUAAUCACAAGAAUGGGUCGUUGGAUAGAUUUUAAAAAUGACUACAAGACACUCUACCCAUCUUUCAUGGAGUCUGUUUGGUGGGUAUUUAAGGAAUUAUACAAUAAGGGGUUAGUUUAUCAAGGUGUGAAGGUAAUGCCAUUCUCAACCGCAUGCUCCACUCCCCUUUCAAAUUUUGAGUCUGGUCAAAAUUACAAAGAUGUUGUGGACCCAACAGUUGUGGUUACAUUCCCAACAGAUAGGGGCUUUUCAUUACUUGCCUGGACAACUACACCCUGGACAUUACCAAGUAAUCUAAGUCUUUGUGUUAAUCCAAAGCUUAUUUACAUAAAGAUCAAAGAAAAAGCUUCAGGUCAGUGCUAUGUACUGCAAGAAAACCGAUUUCCAGUUAUUUUCAAAAAUAUUGAAGACUUUGAAAUCAUGGAAAAAUUCCCAGGUGAAACUUUAAAGGGUGUUAAGUACACCCCAAUUUUUGAUUACUUUGUUGGCAAGUGCAAAAAUGCAUAUCAGGUGUUAACGGAUUCAUAUGUCACUGAUGAUUCUGGUACAGGUAUUGUACACCAGGCUCCAUAUUUUGGUGAAGAUGACUUUAGGGUUUGUUUGGCAAAUGGUAUUAUAACUAGAGACCAAGAAAUAAUAUGUCCUGUCGAUGCAAGUGGAAAAUUUACAGAACCUGUUAAAGAUUUUCUAGGCCAAUAUGUAAAAGAUGCAGAUAAAAAUAUUAUUGCUAAUUUAAAAUCACGCAAUAGACUCUUGCAUUCAGGGCAAGUAAAGCACAGUUAUCCGUUCUGUUGGCGCUCUGAAACACCUCUCUUAUAUAAAGCAGUUCCUUCAUGGUUUGUUAGAGUCGAACAAAUGAGCAAGGAUCUUAUAAAGUCAAGUGAAGAAACCUAUUGGGUUCCUGAUUAUGUCAAAGAGAAACGGUUUGGUAACUGGUUGAGAGACGCUAGGGAUUGGGCUAUUAGUAGGAAUAGAUAUUGGGGUACCCCUAUUCCCCUGUGGGUUUCACAAGAUAAGCAAGAGAUUGUUUGUGUUGGUAGUAUUGCGGAGUUAAACAAGCUUACUGGGAAAAACAUAACAGAUAUACAUAGGGAAAACAUUGAUCAUUUAGAAAUUCCAUCAUCUCGUCCAGGACAACCUCCAUUAAAAAGAGUAUCAGAAGUUUUCGAUUGUUGGUUUGAAUCGGGUUCUAUGCCAUAUGCUCAAUGUCACUAUCCAUUUGAAAAUAAAAAAGAAUUUGAGGAAGUAUUUCCCGCAAAUUUCAUUGCGGAAGGUAUCGACCAAACUAGGGGUUGGUUUUAUACACUAAUUGUCCUUUCUACUGCACUUUUUAAGAAACCACCCUUUAAAAACUUAAUUGCAAAUGGCCUCAUUCUGGCUUCUGAUGGACAAAAAAUGUCAAAACGUAAGAAGAAUUAUCCCGACCCCCUUGACGUGGUACAUAAAUACGGUGCAGAUGCGCUUCGGUUAUAUUUAAUCAAUUCCCCUGUGGUAAAGGCAGACAAUUUAAGAUUCAAGGAAGAGGGGGUGAGAGAUGUUAUAAAAGAUGUGUUUUUACCGUGGUAUAAUGCUUUCCGAUUUUUGAUGCAAAAUGUAGAAAGAAUUAUUCAGGAAGACAAAAUUCCGUAUAAAUUCAAUGAAAAUGCGGAUAGGGUAAACGUUAUGGAUAAAUGGAUAACUUCGUUUACGCAGUCUCUUAUUCAAUUUGUUACAAAAGAAAUGGCCGCGUAUCAUUUAUACACGGUAGUACCGAGGCUUACUAAAUUCAUUGAUAAUCUCACCAAUUGGUAUGUGCGUAUGAACAGGAAGAGGCUAAAGGGUGAGAACGGUGUCAAGGAUUGUCAAGUAGCUCUUGACACAUUGUUUGGGGUUUUGUACGACAUGGUAAGGGUGAUGGCCCCAUUUACCCCUUUCCUAACUGAAUUCAUAUACAGUACAUUGAGACAAUUGCUACCAGGAAGUUCUAUGGAGAGUGUUCAUUUUAACAUGAUCCCUGAACCCAAAUUGAAUGUUGUGGAUUCUGUCAUUGAAAGGGCUGUCGAGAGGAUGCAGGCUGUAAUUGAAUUAGGACGAGUUGUCAGGGACCGUAAAACUAUUCCAAUUAAGUAUCCUUUACCAGAAAUGGUAAUUAUUCAUCAAGAUCAAACUUAUUUAGAUGAUGUCAACUCUCUAUUGAGUUUUGUUUUGGAGGAAAUGAAUGUAAAAAAGGUAACUUUGUCAAGUGAUAAAGAAAAGUAUGGCAUUACUCUGAGAGCUGAACCUGAUCAUAAAAUUCUUGGUGCCAGACUGAAGGGCGAUUUUAAAGCUGUAACACAGGCUUUGAAAGAUCUCACAAAUGAACAGUGUGAAAAUCUUAUCUCAAAAGGGUAUGUGGAACUAGUCGGUCAGCGUAUUGAUGUAUCAGAAGUACGAAUAAUAUUCCAAGCUAAAGGCAACGAUCAGUAUGAAGCCCACAGUGAUAAUGACGUUUUAAUCUUAUUGAAUGUAACGCCAGAUCAAGAAAUGCUCGAUGAAGGUUUUGCAAGAGAAAUAAUAAAUAGAGUUCAGAAAUUACGAAAAAAAGGCCAUCUUGUUCCUACAGAUGAAGUGGAUGUUUACUUCGCCGUUAACAAAUCAAGCGACAUUUCACGAAUAAUCAAUAUGCAUCGGGAAUUGAUUGAAAGCACAGUUAAAGCUCCCCUCAAACCCAUAGAAGAGUUGUCUGUUUCCAAGCCCGUUGUUAUCCAAGAAACGCAAGAGUUGAAAGGCUCUGAAUUAAAGUUAGUAAUAACCUGGAGGAAAGAUGUUGAAAUGCCAGUUAGUCCGUGGGCAAAUGUAAUUCUUCAAGGUGUAACACCGAGAUUUGGAAAUGAAGCUAGUCAAGGAAGUAUUAUUCUCAAGGACGGCGAUAAUAAGUAUAUUUUUUUAGACAAACUAUACAAAGAAAUAGAAAUAUUGUUUGGUUUGUAUGGCAUGAAAUUUUCUUUAUGGUGUGAGGGACGUGAAGUAAUAAAUACUGGUGAUUUAAAUGCCAAGACAAUAGUGGUUUCCUUAACAGAACCUAAAGCUAUUGAAGCAGAAACUGUACCAUUCUGUAAAUUUGUGAAUGUUGCGAAUGGUAAGAAAACAGCGACAAUUUUCCUUGAAAAUCCGAAAGGAAAGGUUACAGUAACUAAAGGUGAAGCCUUGGCAUUUUUAUCAAGUCACUAUGGUAUAAAAGUAAAUGAUUUUUAA